GUUCUUGGAUAACAUCUUGCUUGCUACCAUAUUCACGACCUCGUCUGCCUGGUCAUCGCAUACUGCCGCAAAAACAGAACAAAUACUCACUUACAUCAGCUCUCUGUUACUCCUCCAAGCCGGCUUCAAUGUAUCCACCGAUUGAACCGUAUCAGACUGGCACUCUCAAGGUGUCGGACAUACACACCCUCUACUAUGAACUAAGUGGAAACAAAGAGGGUGUACCCGUGGUGUUCCUCCACGGCGGACCCGGGGGUGGCGUGGACGCGAAAGAUCGAUCGUUCUUCGAUCCCGUUAAAUACAAGAUCAUUCUCUUCGACCAACGCGGCGCUGGAAAAUCUACACCGAGCGCAUGCUUGGAGGAGAACACCACGUGGGACCUCGUCAAAGACAUUGAAAAGCUGCGCCAGGAGUUGAAGGUUGAUAAAUGGCACGUCUUCGGCGGAUCAUGGGGCUCCACUCUCUCGCUGGCAUAUGCGCAAUCUCACCCUGAUCGGGUCAAAUCUCUCACACUACGCGGCAUCUUCACCCUACGCAAAUCCGAGCUCAAGUUCUUCUACCAAGAAGGCACCUCCCACCUCUUCCCCGAAGCAUGGGACGAGUACCUCGCGCCAAUCCCCGUCGAAGAGCGACACGACCUCAUCCUCGCCUACCACGCUCAGUUAAACUCGGUCGACGACGAGACACGGAUCAAGGCGGCCAAGGCAUGGAGCAAGUGGGAGAUGGUCACCUCGAAGUUGUUCGUCGAUCCCGAGCACGUCGCCGAGGCGGAUAAGGAUGAGUUUGCGAACGCCUUCGCGAGAAUAGAGAACCAUUAUUUCGUGAACGGGGGCUUCAUGCGCGACGGCCAGCUCCUCGCACCACAAGAGAUCGACAAGAUCCGCCACAUCCCCUGCACGGUCGUCCAAGGCCGGUACGACGUCGUCUGCCCCACCACGACUGCGUACGCCCUGAAGAAGGUUUGGCCGGAGAUCACGCUUCACAUCGUUCCCGACGCGGGACACUCCUCUCGCGAACCCGGCACGGCCAAGCUGCUCGUCGAGGCCGCAAACAAAUACGCCGACCUUUGAGCAAGGUGCAAGCGAAGUGGCCAGCAGCCGCGCGGACGACGUACUAUAUACAUACCGUGUCUGCAUUUGGAACAAUUAUCAACGAGCGGCUCCAGGCGAAGUGAAGGGCAAAUAUAUGUAUUACAGUUUAGAUUUGCGGGUGCCGAUUCUGUACUAUGUAUGUAGAAAAAGGAGGGCAGGCAUCAUUGCGGGGACGAGCCAGACGGUCAUGCGUACGUAACGUAUCGAAUGCAGAGCAAACAGAGCAGCGGGGCGGACAUGCAAGGAUUGCGGUUAUGGACACGAACGAACGCAAUAACAGAAUAAUAAAAAAACUAUCACGGACUAAACAGACGGGGAAAAGGGAGAGGCGAUGUAUAUUACCAAACCAGGAGCCUUAUGCUUGUGCUUGCGGAUCAUUGAAUUUCGUCGGGGAGGUCAUGACAUCGAGGGUCGAUCAUGAGAGGUCGUCGAGAGAAGGAGGGAACGGCGCCGGUCGCAGCGCCUCACCGUGCACCCUGACACGGUACAGGCACGUGAACUCGUCCUGGCCCCAGUUACUCUCCACGCGGAGGGCGACGAGUCCAACGUCGAUCCCGAGCGCCAUGUACUCCUCGUCAGCCGCGAACGUCUGGAUGUUCUCCGGCGAGUGCACGUCGUAGGUGAGCUUCGCCACGCGAAUCCACGGGGCGGAUGUCGGCAGCGUCUCCGGAACCGCAGGCUCCUCGUCCUCCUCCACAACCGUCACGCUCUCGUCGUCGAUCUCGGCCGCGACCCUGCGCUCUUCUCGGAGUCGCGCCUUCUCCGCCUUCCACGCCUCAAACUUGGCCACGUUCUCCGAGCCCUCGACCAUGCCCCAGAGCUCCAUCUCGCGCGGCGCCGAGCGCAUGUCGAACGCGACCUCCUUCGCGACGUGGUCGAUCGUCACCUCCGUCACGAACACGGGCGCACUCAGCUGGAUCCCGAGCUGGCCCUGAGACCCACGGAACGGCCAGCAGUGGCCGACAGCGAGCUCGUGGUGGAGCGCCGUCACGGGCGGGCGGCCGACCGCGUAUCCGCGCCCGGUGAGGAAGCCGAGCACGUUUCCGCGUACGCCCGCCGGCCGGAUCUCGUACGUCUCGCUCGUCAGCUGCGGGAUCACGCCUGCGCCGGCCGAAUAGAGCGCAAAGUCCUGGCGCGCGAUCACGUCCUUCGAGUACCGGCCGACGGCGGUGUCGACGAGGUGACCGAUCAGCUUCGUCACGUCCUGCCCAUCCGCCGACUUGAUGGUGAGCGCCGACUUGCCCGCUGUCGAGGUCGCGAGCUUGUGCCACCAGCGCUCCGCCGCCGCCGCCUUGCUGGGAUCCGCCUUCAGCGCAUUCUUGCUCGCCUCGAGCGCAUCCUUCACGCCGCCCUCGACGCCGCCGAGCCGCUCCUCGAGCGCCUUCAGCCGCGCCCGCGCCUCCUCGUCGCUCCCGAUGGACGGGCGGCGCGCCGCAGCAGCGACCUGGCUCUGCAGGCUCUGGAUCUCCCGCCGCACCUCGCCCAGGCCCUCGCGCUCCCAUUUCCGCGCCUGCUCCUCCGACUGGCCAACGCGCGCGGCCUCUUGCCUGACCUUCGCCUCGAGCGACGCCAGCCGACCCGCGAGACCCUCCCGCCCGCGUGUCUCUUCCUCGAGCCGAUGGCGCUCUCGCACGCUUUCCGCCGACAUGCCCGAAAACGCGGUUUCUAACCGCUGCAGACGAGACGCAAGUUCGGCGAGGUCCGACGCAGGGAUGCUCGGCGCCUGGUACUCGUACCCUCCACGGCUGCGGCUGGGGACGAAGCCUGAUAGCGGGUCGCGAAGGAAGUACCACGCCGCGUACAGCCCGAGGCCGGUAACCAGAUACUUGGUCGCUGUGACUGCUGCCUUUGAGCGCCGCCGGCCGGCAAAGAAUUCAACUGGCCGCUUGAGCGUCACGUCGUAGAUCGCGCCGAGAAUCCACCCGAGGGUGAGCGUCACGAAGGACAACGCGCGGAAGACGAGCGCGACGAGUCCCAUGACCAUACGCCAUACGAGGUGCACGAGCCGCCCGAGGAAGCCGCCGACGGAAAACUUGCCGCGCCGCAUCUUUGGGGCGGCGGGGAUGUAGGCGUCGUCGAUGAGCGGGGGUUCGUCAAGCUCGGGGAUGGACUGAAGCCCUUGUUCGACGUCGAAUGUGUCGUUGACGCCGCUCGCGUCGAAGCUGUCGCCCAUCUCGCGCGACACGGACGCGCGAUGUAUCGCAUUCUGCAGCGGCUGGGCUGUGCGGGAAACGGAUGCUCGUUGUGACAUGGAGCGCUGCUCGCUAAUCUGCUCUUCCUCUUCACUUCCUGAUUCUGCAUCAUCGUCAUCGCCUCCGUUGCCUCCUUUCUUUCCUUUCCUCUUCCUCCUUUUAUCAUAUCCUGCCACAGGCAACGUCGUCAAGGGCCCGCCCACGCUAUCGCGCUUGCCCUUCUUUCUCCUCCUCCUCCUUCCUCCAUCACUCACUUCCUCUUCUGAUUCUUCGAAGUCUGACGCCGACGGCUUAUAUGCGCGGUUAUCCUCCGAAAUCUUGUUCUUCCUAUUCGCGGUGCUCGUCGUCCUCCUAUGCGCCGACGACGCCUUCUCCUUUUCUGCCUGAUAGUCCCGCUCCUCCUGGGAAUAGUCGUAGCUCUCCUCCUGCCCGCGCCCGUUCGCGGUCGGGGCCGGCUGCUCCGGCUCACGCGACCGCUGGCGCAUGAAUAUGGACAGCGGCUGGACGGCGGCCUGCGCCAUGUCGAGCGCCUGUCCAAAUGGACUCUUCGCGCGGCUCAAGAGUGACGAGGUCUGCGACGGCUCGUCCUCGCCCUCGGAAUCGGGCACGUGCCGCACGGACGCGGCCUUGCCCAGCGGGCGGCGGCCCGCCAUCUGCGACGAGCGGCUCGGGGGCGGGUUCAGCCGGCGCUGGAUGAUCGACUGCGUCUCCUUCUCAUAUUCGACGGAGGUGCUGCGCGGGACGCGAGCCUUCGUUUGGGAGCCGGACGCCCAGGCGUAGCUGUUCGGGUUGGUGGUGGCGGAGGGGGGUGGUUGGUUGGUCGGCAUGUCGGCGACGCCGGCGGCUUGUUGAAUGGCGUUGGCGAUCUGGACGGAGGUGUCCUUCACUGCCCAGUGCGCGGGGUCGGGCGGGGUGGUGACCACGCGCGGGCCGUGUGAGCGGGGCUUGCUGGUUCCAGCCGGCGCGGAGGGCUCCUUGCCGUGCUUAGGCGGAGACCGCGUCUGGAGCGUAGGAGCUCCGUAGGCGUAGGACGAGGGGAUGGCAC